AUGAUGUAUGAUGAUAUCGCUUAUGAUAAAGAGAAUCCAUAUCCAGGCAAAAUAUAUAAUGUACCUAAUGGCAAAGACGUUUACGCAGGUGUUGAAAUCGACUAUUCCAGAAUUCAUGUCACUCCGGAAAAUUUCUUAGCAGUUUUAAGUGGAAACAAAACAGCGGUAAAAGGUGGUAGUGGGAAAGUAGUAGAAAGUACUCAUCGUGAUCAUAUAUUUGUAUAUUUCACUGACCAUGGAGGUGUUGGAUCAGUGUCCUUCCCAGAUUCUGUGCUAACUGUUAAGGAUCUAAAUGACGAAUUGAAACGAAUGCAUAAAUUAAAAAAGUUCAAAAGGCUCGUAUUUUAUAUGGAAGCAUGCGAAAGUGGCUCAAUGUUUGAGAAUGUUCUACCCAAAAAUAUCGAUGUUUAUGCAGUAACAGCGGCGAAUUCGCAUGAAAGUUCUUGGGGUUGCUACUGUGACAAUAUUAUGAAAUUGCCUUGCCUUGGCGACUGCUUCUCUGUAAAUUGGAUCGUCGAUUCUGAAAAGGAAGAUUUGAACUGUGAAACUUUAGCUUCUCAAUUCAAAAUUAUCAAACAAAAAACAAAUUUGAGUCAUGUGAUGCAUUAUGGUGAUUUGAAAAUUGCCCGCGAUUAUGUGGCUUAUUAUUUGGGCGAUAAAAAAACUAAUAUCACGAAUAUUUAUGAUGAUUUGAUGGAGUUUGAAAAUACAGAAUUAGUUGCUUGGCCUUCGCGUGAAAUUUACCUCCGAAUGCUCAAGAAGCAAUUACACGAGGCAGAAACGGAGACUAAACGACGAAAUUUGAGGCAUAAAAUCGACAAAUUAAAAAUGAUAAAAUCUCUUCUAUUUCAGAAACGAGCAUACCUUGAAACAUUUAUCAAGUCACUGAUAUCGACUAUAAUACCAUAUCAGUCGUACUCUCAUUUCAUGCAUCAAUCACCGCCAACAAUAAAGUCUUUAAACUGUUUUGAUGAUGUAAUCAAAGCAUUCCAUCAAUUGUGCUUCAAUUUUGGCCAUAAUCCAUAUAUUCUAAAGUACACGUACGUGUUUGCUAAUCUUUGUAAUGCUGGAAUCGACUCAAAGAGAAUAAUUGGUGCUAUGUUUAACAUCUGUGGUAAUAUUAAAAUUCGAGGAAUUCUCUGAAACUCACUUCUCAAGAUGUUUUUUUUCAUUAUUUCAUUAAAGUUUUCUUUCCUUUCCUUUGCGGAACUAAUACAUUUACACAUAAUUUUGCUAGAAAUUCGAU